AUCAAUCUGCGCCCAAGAGUAGUGCUCAUUAGGCUGCGCCCUAGAGCCGUGCAUGGGAGAUACGAACUGGUAACGGAGCUGGUUUUUAAAAACCUGUUUUGGGGGGAUUGUUUCUGUUGAAAGAAUAUGGACACCCAGAAAGAUGCUCCUCCUCCAAAGCAGCAACCUAUGAUAUACAUUUGUGGAGAAUGUCACACAGAAAAUGAAAUAAAAGCAAGAGAUCCCAUCAGAUGCAGAGAAUGUGGAUACAGAAUAAUGUACAAAAAAAGAACAAAAAGAUUGGUUGUGUUUGAUGCCCGAUGAAGAAAACAGAAGAUGCAUCUGGUUUAUGGCAAUGUACUUUAUUCAUGUUAGACUUUGAUUUUCUUAUGGGCAAAUGCAUUCUUCCAUUCUGACAGUGUGUAAAUUAUUCUGUUAUGACAAUAAAGUUUUAUUCCAGUA